GUCGUCUGGCUCUGGACGGGGAGGAUCCCCUUGUGCUGUGAACAAUGUAGCAGAGAUACAGGCUACUCCGGAGCAGCAGCAGCUGGUGAAGACAUGGAGAUGCAAUCCUAUUAUGCCAAGCUCUUGGGGGAGUUGAAUGAACAGCGGAAGCGGGAUUUUUUCUGUGACUGCAGCAUCAUUGUGGAAGGGCGGAUCUUCAAGGCCCACAGGAAUAUUCUGUUUGCCAACAGCGGCUACUUCCGAGCCCUGCUCAUUCACUACAUCCAGGACAGCGGGCGGCACAGCACCGCCUCCUUGGACAUUGUCACCUCCGAUGCCUUUUCCAUCAUCUUAGAUUUCCUGUAUUCUGGGAAGUUGGAUUUGUGUGGGGAAAACGUGAUUGAAGUUAUGUCGGCCGCCAGUUACCUACAGAUGAAUGAUGUGGUAAACUUCUGCAAGACAUAUAUCAGGUCAUCCUUUGAUAUCUGCCGAAAGAUGGAGAAGGAGGCUGCUGUGGCUGCCGCGGUGGCAGCGGCAACUGCAGCUGCAGCAGCUCAUCAGGUUGACAGUGGGAGCCCCAGUUCAGGCACGGAAGGGGCCUCCUGUGAUACCAAGAGCUUGGUCUCCUCUACAGCCAAGGAAGAAGAGUGUGUGGACUGUCCAAAGGAAUCCCCUUGUGGUGACUGCCACCCCCUGGAGCCGGUGGUGAAAGACAGCGAGGGCAGCGGCUCAGCUGACGGUGACCUCUCUACUCUGCCCAAGCCGAUAGAGCCCAAGGUGGAGUUCGAUGCUGACGAAGUGGAGCAGGUGGAGGUUGGUGAGCAGCUCCAGCAAUAUGCUGCUCCACUGAGCCUGGCCCACAUGGAGGAGGGUUUGCCCAGUAGCCAUCCCAUGGACGUGUCUUACGGUAACUACCACGUGAAGCAAUUCUUGGAGGCCCUCUUGCGCAACGGCGCUGUCCAGAGCAAAGAUGAUGCGGAUCAUCACUUUUCUCGGAGUUUGGAGGGAAGACCAGAUGGUGUAGGAGGAGCCAUGAGUUCCAUGAUGGAUGUCCAGGCUGACUGGUAUGGCGAGGAUUCAGGCGAUGUGCUGGUGGUCCCCAUCAAGCUCCACAGAUGUCCUUUCUGCCCUUACACUGCCAAACAGAAGGGCAUCCUUAAGCGGCACAUCCGCUCACACACGGGUGAGCGGCCCUACCCCUGUGAGAUCUGUGGCAAGAGAUUCACUCGACAGGAGCACCUGCGGAGCCAUGCCCUGAGCGUCCACAGAUCCAAUUGUCCAAUCAUCUGCAAGGGCUGCAGAAGAACCUUCUCGAAUCACCUGUCACAGGGGCUGAGGCGCUUUGGGCUGUGUGACAGCUGCACCUGCGUUGCAGACACACAUGAUGAUGAGUACAGUUUGAUGCCCAUCAACCUUAGCCUGGUGGAGGCUUCCUCCGAAAGCCAAGAAAAGAGUGACACAGACAAUGAUUGGCCAAUCUAUGUGGAGUCUGGUGAGGAAAACGACCCUGCCGGAGAUGAUUCUGACGACAGACCACAAAUUCAGCCCAACCUAACAGAUCGAGAGACACUCAUGUAGCAGCAGAUGGGUGGGGAGAGGUUUUGGAAUUUGUUAUUGCUCGUUCUGUGGUUGAAAGACACCAUUUGUUCAGUUUUGUGGAACCCUGAGAUGAACAUUUUUUUCAGUGUCAAUAUAUUUGCAUUUUUGUUAGAUGACCUAGUAGAGGUUGGAUCUUGUGACUCAAAGGACUAAUGAGUUUGUAGUUUGGUGCCCUUGAUUUCUGAGGGCUUUGCUGACCUUCCCUGAAUUCUGAGUGAGUCCAGGCUGGCCCUCAGGCUUCCUGUUUUUCCUGUUGUGCACCUGAACUGUGGUUAGGAGAAAGAUAAGAAAACCCCCAUGCUUGUUCUCAUAGUGUCUCAAUCUCUGCAUUCCUUUGUGGUCAUCCUCUUCUCCCUGAAAAGGUGGGCAAGGAUGUAUUAAGUUUUGAGGAUAAUUUUACCUCUGCCAAGCCUCUCCUAAUGAAUUCCAUAUUCUAAUUUUCCGAAGUAUUUAAGAGAAAGCUUUAUUGUACAAGGCAGGCGGGGCUGCCUUAUACAUGAUUGUAAAAGCUACUUUCUAAAUCUAAGACUGCAACUGUAAAAGCUGGGGAUGUUUGUGUUCAUAUAAGCAUGGAAAUAAGCUCAAAGCCUUCUUAUGGCACUUUGACUUGCCCAGUUGAAUUAAAUUUUAAGUUUGCCCCGAGAAGGGACCCUGUGAGCCCAGGUCUGGAUGGUUUCCCUGCUUAGUUUGGUAUUUGACAAUUCUCUGCACACAUGUAACCUGUUUUGUGAUCAUAAAACAAAUCAUCUGGGCAAAACUAAAAAUCCUCCCCUGCUUUUCCGAGCCAUUUCCAAAGGCCACACUGCUGGAACUGUAGCUACCACUGACAUCCUUUCACUUAGUUUAUGAAUGGAACUUUAAUUGGAGGGAAAGUGUAAGCCUAUCUAAACAAGUUAUAUUUCUAAAGUGCUUACCUUUUAAAAGAUCCGCUGGAAGGAAAGAGAAGUUUGUGGAAGUACAGGUUUUUAAAACCAGUCUGCUUUUCCCCACUUAGCAGCCAUCCAAUUAUUCCGACAAAAGGCCGUACUUCUUUAAAGGGCUAAAGAGCAGGAAAUAUUAGGGAUUUAAAAUAUUUAAGGCACUUUCAUAAUUUUGUCUCAUGUUAAGGUAUCCAAAAUGGAUUUUCAAAGAAAUCCCUAAUGAAACGAAGUAUGCAAACAAAACAGUUUCCUUUGAACUUUGAAAAAAAUAAAAGAAAUCCCUUUUUCUUCCUUUAAUUUAGUAUAGUUAUGUUUCAAAAGGUAGUAA